AUGGUAAGCGCUGUGGAACCAGUACCUGUCCGUGUAAGCGACCGUAGCGAUGAUCUCAUCUCGGAACCAAGCAGUUUUGUCUUCCGCUCAUUAUCAAAAGAGAUUUAUAACACUGUACACAAUAAUCAAGAGACAGUUGAGGAGGAAUAUUUCUGCCCCAAUUUGGAUACAGAUCUCCACCAUGAGAUGGCUGCAUUGAAGAAAGCUCUGAAGCAGAUUUCCGAGAAAUUGGAAUGUUUGAGCCAGGGAGGGUCUACUCCAAGCAGAGGACGACCGAUUUCAAGAUUCCAAGAAACCUCCAUCAAUUUUGAUGCUUUGGUAGACAGAAUCGUAAAAAAGGAUGACCAAUAUGCUUCUUAUCAGUUGCAACAAAAACUAGAAUGCCGAAACAACCAGGAAUUAGUGGAAAUUAUGGAUAGUAUACAGAGAUGUUCUCUUGAAUUGAUGGUGAAUCGUUUUGGAAAUUUCUUGAUUCAAAAAUGCUUUGAGGUAUUGGAAAACUCACUCAUUGAAGGGCUGAUCAUUACAAUUGCAAGAAAUAUCGUUCAGGUAUCUACAGAUGCAUUUGGAUGUCAUGUAGUCCAAAAGGCGCUAGAGAUGAUCCAAGAGGGCCAUAAAAAAUUUCUAGUGGAAUACCUAUUGGAACAUCUGGAAUCAACAUUACUUGACUCUUCAGCCGAACAUGUUUGGAAGCGGGUAUUAGAGAUCAAAUGGGCCAUCCAUCCCGAAAUGGAGGAAGCAAUCACUGCAAAACUUAGUUCUACAUUACAAUCACGAUGGUUACAGGUUGCCACCACUCCCAGGGGAAGCUUAAUAGUCCAAAAUAUCCUAACCAAUUUGCCUCCCACCAUUCAGAAAACUUGUUUAGAAGAACUUGAAAGGGACAUACCUACACUGCUGACCGAUCGUAGUGGAAAUUGGGUGAUUCAAUUCAUUCUUCAACAUUUUGAGACAUCCGAAAUUCACCAAACGAUUUUUCAGACAAUUUUGGAUAAUUCUCAACUUUACAGCACACAGAUGUAUUCCUCCAAAGUCAUUCAGAAGUGUUUGAAAGCUGAAAGGUUCAAGUCAACUUUCAUCGAUCCAUACAUUGACGCUAUCUGUUCAACCAAACCAUCAAAAAGACGUAAACCUGGGGCCAAACCUGUGGUUAUCGAGCUAGCAGUGGAUAUUUAUGGGUCGGGUAUUAUUCGCAAGAUUCUAGUGGAAGGAUCAGUGGAUGAAAAAUCCAGAGUGAAUGGUUUAUUACAGGAACAUAUGGAGACUGUGUGUACAACAAAAUGGGGUAGCAAAUGUGCGGCUGUACUUUAA